UCUGAUGAACCUCUUUGUCGCCAUGUUGAUCCUGAACUUGUCCUUCUUGACCAAUGAGAGCAUUUCAAAUCUGGGUAUCAAAGGUGCAUGUGUGGCAAUAGCAGCGGUUCUGCAUUACGGCAUGUUGGCCACUUUUACCUGGUUCUUCAUGCAGGCUUUACACUUGUACCUCAGUCUACGUCGAAUCUGCACUGAGGUGAAACAUUACAUGCUGAAGAUUUACGUCACAGGAUGGGGCGUACCGGCUGUGGUGGUGAUCGCUCUUCUUGCCUCCCAGAAAUAUAAUUCUAUUAAUAUUAAUACAAAUGAAGGGAAAGCAGCAACAAUGUGCUGGAUCUCUGAUGCUGGUAUCCACCAGGGGGUGAACAUCGGCUAUUAUGCUCUGGUGUUCGUCUUCACUCUGAGUGUAUUCAUUCUAACUGUAAGGCAGAUCGUUCUAAUGCCAAAAGCAGGAAAAGCCCAAGACAAUAGUUCCAUUAAGAGCAACACUUCCACCAUUCUGGGCCUGUUCCUCCUUCUUGGCAUCACCUGGGCUUUUGCUUUUUUCAGCUAUGGACCUUUGCUCCUCGCCUCCUACUACAUCUUUACCAUCCUCAACUCCUUUCAAGGUUUCUUCCUGUUCAUCUACUAUUAUAAAUCCAGCAAGAUUAUUGGAGACGGCAAAAUCCACACACAAAGUAGCAGCACAGCUACAUCAAAAACAGCUGUAACGUCUCCUUAUGCAUAAGGCUUGCUGUUUUAUCAUAUUUGAGACAAGAGGGCAGCAUUUUAUUUCAUAUAGUUCCAGUAGGUUACUCUGUGUAGAAACAACUUUGUCAUUUUUUCCAUGUGCUCUCCGCUGAAUGGCUUGUCUAAGAUGAAAUCACUAACCCGGUUUACCUUCUUUGACACACAUACUCAUGUCGAGUAGAGAUCGAAUGGUUGCCCGGAUGUAAUUUGAGACCACAGCGCUAUGUUUGUUCCUAUGCUUUUAUAUUUUAACAGAGAACUUGUCUUACUCACUCCAAAUCAUUCAUAGAAGGCUGUGAUUCAGUCAGAGUACGCAACCACAAUCGUAAACAUGUCAGGAUGUUAAGGUGUAAAAUGUUAAAGUGGGAAAGUGAAACAUAAGGACAUUUUCAAUUUGAUGGCAGUAACACCUCUCAAAAAGUUGGGACAGGGACAUGUUGACCACUGUGUAGCAUCCCAUCUUCCUUUAAACAAAAUUCCAUAAAUAUCUGGGAAUUGAGGACAAUUCAAUAAGGUUGUCUUUUUAGUUAUCAUUUCAUGGUGUGUCAAUUAUUCUCAGUUAACAAAUGUCUGCUCAGCAGCACCUGACUCUUCUACUACUAAGGCUACUGUAAUGGAUGCAGUAUGCAGUUCCACCGGCAGAUGGGAUCAGGCACAUUCAUCUGGGAAAACUUGCCUUUAACAAGGUGUGGAAGAAUGGUAUUGAAGGCAGAGCUGUCCACAAUCAGGAUCCUCGCGUAGGUUCCUGGGGAGUCCAGCUUCUGCAGGAUGAAGUGUAGAGCCAUGUUGAUAGCCUUGUUGACAGACCUGUUGGCUCUGCAUGCAAACAUCAGGGUGUCAAGGAAGGGGGGCGUGAGGGCCUCGAAAUAGGAGAGAACCAGACACAAAUGACUUCAUGACCACAGAUGUCAGAGCCACAGGUCUGUAGUCAUUUAGUCCAGUGAUUCUUGGCUUCUUGUGGACAGGGACGAUGCACUGCAUCUUGCACUUGUCAAUGCACUUGUCAUGAGCAGGCAGGCACAUGACAAGUCUGCAGUGAGGAGUUGAAAAUGCCAGAAAACACUGGUGCCACGUCAUUUUCAGUGUCUGAGAGAGGCAGGAGACACACAGUGUGGGCCAGGAGCUUUCCGAGCAUUAAGGCUCUUAAAAUAUUACCUCACAUCUGCUUCAUAAAUAUCAGGGGUUGUAGUGGGAGAAAGUGGAGUGAGAUCCUCAUAGGUGUGUGGUGAGGAGGGGUGUGAUGUGGGUGAAGUCUUGUGGGUGAAAUCGGGGAGGUGGGUGGGAUGAGUGUCCAAAGUGUAUCUAUUGCGCAGUUGGAGGUGUGAAGGCUGCUUGAUGGCUCAUCAAAACGGCAAUGAAAGUUGUUGAGGGGUUUGGCCAAGAGCAAGUCAUCAAUGGAGUGGCGGGUUUUAGGCUUGCAGUUAGUGAUCUUCCAAAAAACUUUUCCACUCAGGGGCCGAGUCAUUCUCUGAGAUCUGCUGCUGCAUCUUCUAAGAGUGCUGGUGUUUAGCAAUGUCCACUUCUUUUCUGAACCUGUACUUGGCCUCUCUGUAGCAGUCCCUGUCUCCGCUUCUGAAUGCCAUUCUCUUUUCUAGCCACAGCUUUUUGAGUUUAGGAGUAAAACAGGAUUUGUCAUUGUUAUAACUCACCCUGGUGCGCGAUGGCACAAUGCUCUCCUUGCAGAAGUGGAUAUAGGAGGUGACAGUGUCCGUAAACUCAUCCAAGCUGUUAGAAACAGCCCUCAUUGUGUCCCUGUCUGUAGACUCCAAACACGUGCGAAGCUCCUCCACAGCCUCGUUGCUCCACAGUUUUUUAGUCCUCAUGACAGGUUUGGAGAGCUUCAGCCUCUGUCUCUACGUAGGGAUCAGAUGGAUCAUGACGUGGUCAGAAAGUCCGAGUGCAGUGCAGGGCAACACUGGUCCAGUGUCCUCUCCUCUCUGGUCGGGCAUUUAAUAUACGGUUUAUAUUUGGGAAGUUCCUGGCUCAGAUUGGCUUUGUUAAAGUCCACAAGAGCCAUAAUGACAGUGUCCGGGUAUGUCCGAUCCAUGUGCAGUACCUGCUCCUCGAGGGCACACUGAGCUGCAUGGACAUCUGCAUCUGGCAGAAUGUAAACAGUGGCCAUAAAGAAUGAAGCAAACUCCUGCAGAGAUUAAAACAGUGAAUAAAAAGGUAUUCGAAAGCAUAGAAGAUAGUGCUUGUGUGAAUGGUGCAUGUUGCAUUGAGUGCUUUGAGUACCCCGGGAGAGUAGGAAAAUGCUAUUUAAUAACCUUAGCAUUCUCUUGUUGAAAUAUCCAAGCAAUUCCUUGAAAAAGAUGUCUGCAUGGGAGAAUAUGUUGAUAUUAAACCUUUUCCUACCACUCAGGACUGAUGGUGCCUUUUCAGAUGUAAAAGCUAGGCAUUAAAUUCAUGGUGAGGAUCCAUCCAUCCAUCCAUCCAUCCAUCUUUAUCCGCUUUAUCCGAGGCCGGGUCGCGGGGGCAGCAGCCUAAGCAGAGAAGCCCAGACCUCCCUCUCCCCAGCCACCUCCUCC